GUUGCGUCUGCUGCACAGUGACAUGCAAUCGCAUUUCAAUUGGUUCUUUAUCUAUGGUAUUACAGCUUGCAUUUUCUAACGCCAAGACCGAUCAGUGUGGACUUUUAAUGAUUUGUGUUCUGUAUGUCGAUUAUAGGGAAGGAGCUCUUAGAUAUCAUACCACGUAUUGCACAGCGGGCAGCGUUGCGAGCGACGUUUCUGUCGCAGCUCUGUAAUAACAUGGCAAACCAAGUGGAACCGGCCGCGGAGGAGUGCGGUAUCAAGAGUAACGCUCACAGGAAAUUUUAUGAUCUCUCUGAUGCCUACGCUGUAGAAUCAUUUAGUAAAAAUGUUAAGACAAAAAAGCUGGUCGGCGACGAGCAGUUCAUGGAGUACAUCAAUUCUAACGUCAUCGGAAAGGACGCUACUUUUCUGGGCCCUUACGGUCGUCGAAAAGUUGUGUACUGCGACCACACAGCGUCAGGGAGGUCACUCACUUUCAUCGAAGAUUUCAUUCGCAGUGAAGUGUUGCCUAUGUAUGGCAACACGCACACCACCACAUCUGUUACAGCCCUUCAGACUACGAUGUUCAGACACGAAGCAAGAGACAUUGUACGAGCCACUGUGAAUGCGAGUGAAGCCGACUCUGUCUUAUUUGUGGGCACGGGCACUACUGGCACUGUACACAAGCUCAUCUCAGCUUUGGCCCUUACGGUGCCACCUGUAGUUUUUGUCGACACAUUAGCACAUCACUCUCUUCUCCUUCCUUGGAGGGAAGUAGGAGCCAAAAUUGUGAGAGUGCCUGAGACUCUCGAGGGGACAUUAGACGUCUCAUUUCUUGAAGAGAAGCUAAAGGAAAAUGCUGAAAACAGGGAGAGACUUAUGAUAGGCUGUUUCACAGCGGCAUCCAACAUUACUGGCAUUUUGUUGGAUGACAUUGAAAUCACAGCUCUGCUACAUAGAUACGGCGCCCUUGCAUUCUGGGAUUAUGCGUCUGCGGCGCCUUAUGUAAAUGUUGACAUGAAUCCAGUUGUUCCUGGCAUUGAACAGGGACUGGCGUACAAGGACGCCAUUUUCAUAUCGCCCCACAAGUUUAUAGGUGGUCCUGAAACACCUGGUGUUCUUGUCGCAAAAAAGAAACUGUUUGUCAACAGAGUGCCAUCUGGCUGCGGUGGUGGCUCAGUAUUUUUCGUUUCAAGAAAGGACCACCGUUAUCUUCAAGAAAUUGAAAUGAGGGAAGAAGGUGGGACGCCAUCAAUUAUUGGGGCCAUCCGCUGUGGUCUUGUGUUCCAGCUGAAAGCGGCAGUGGACCAGGAGUUUCUUUCUUCAAAAGAAGAAAAGUUGUGCAGAAAGAUGUGGAGCGCUUGGCAAGGCGUGACAAACCUGGUGGUCCUGGGGAACCGGAAUGUUCGCCGCCUGCCCAUUGUGUCCUUCUUAAUUCGCCAUCCUGAAACAGGCCUUUUCCUGCACCACAACUUUGUCUGCACUCUGCUCAAUGACAUCUAUGGCAUCCAAGCUCGAGGUGGCUGUGCCUGUGCUGGCCCCUAUGCACAAGACCUGCUGGGCAUUGAUGAAAACUUGGCCACUCGCUAUGAGGAACUUCUUGCUGAAAACAGCCAACUUGACCGGACUCAUCUGAGGCGCUACCUGGAGCACUCCGAUCGAGAAGUGCUGCGUCCUGGCUUUGUGCGCCUCAACCUGGCUUUCUACAUGCCUGAAACCCUGGUGGACUUUGUUCUCGAGGCAGUGCGCCAGGUGGCUUGCCAUGGUUGGAAGUUGCUCCCUCAAUACAACUUCAACCCUGAGACUGGCGAGUGGAAACACUCCAUGCACCAGGUGUUCAAGGACAGAAGAUGGCUUGGCUCAAUUUCUUAUAAGGAAGGGAGGUUUGUGUACAGAGAUCCUGAAGGGGAGAAUGAGAGACCUAGCACAGCUGGUUCAUGGCAGGAUGUGCUGAAUGAAGCAAGCAUCAUUUUUGAAGGAGCCACGAAAGCAGGACUUAGAGCCCAGCUUGCUGACCAGUCGUUGAUGUUUGAUGCGGAAGCUGCUGAACUACGUUGGUUUCUCCUCCCAAGUGAAGCGAAGCAACUCCUGGAAGGGACACAAGUGCCGCUCAGGGAUUGUCCGUUUGCACCGCCGGAGCCAGGAAUGCGCAAACACUUGGAAGUGCAGCAGCGUGGGCAAUCCUGUCAAGUUUCCGCGAAGUCACCUUGCCUACAAAGUGAACCGCUUAGCUCCCGGCAUUUUCGUUGGCACGCUCCUCCAAGAAAUAUAUUCAAGCCAUUCUUGAAGGCAGUUAAUGAGUUCAACAUGAUAGCUGAUGGGGACAGAGUCCUUGUCUGUUUGUCAGGGGGAAAGGACUCUCUUUCUCUACUUCAUACUUUGCGCCAGUACCAGUUCUGCUUCAGGAAAAAGGGAAAGAAAUUCGAUCUAGGUGCAGUAACAGUCGAUCCUGGAAGCUCACUGUAUGAUCCGAGCCCUUUGAAGAAAUACCUGCAACUGUUAGGAGUCCCAUACUUCUAUGAAGAGCAAUGCAUUGUUGAGCAGGCUUCUGCCCUACCCGAAUGCACCUCCAUUUGCAGCUUCUGUAGUCGCAUGAAGCGUGGUCGAAUCUACGCUUGUGCACGAAGAGAAGGCUACAAUGUGCUUGCACUUGGGCAGCAUUUGGAUGACCUUGCUGAAAGCUUUCUUAUGACUGUGUUUCACAAUGGCCGUCUCAGAACUAUGAAGGCUAACUACAAGGUUAGAGAGGGGGACCUCCGAGUAACUAGGCCUUUUGUCUACGUAAGAGAAAAAAACCUGAGGAAAUUUGCCGACGAGAAAAAGCUUCCAGUCAUUGCAGAAAACUGCCCAGCUUGCUUUGAAGCACCUAAGGAACGGCACAGGGUAAAGCAGCUAUUGGCUGCUCAGGAGAUCUUGUUCCCGAAACUAUAUGCAAGUUUGAAAUCUGCAAUGCAUCCAUUGAUGGCCAUCAACCGUACUGGAAUUGAAAGUGCCCUUCACCAGAAUGGCUUCAAUCUCCAUGAUUCAGAUUCAGAGUGACUGUGUAGUUUUGCUAAAACUGGCUGCCGAUGGGUGGAUUCUUGUUUUUAUCUCCAUUAUUUAUAUGGAUGUGCACCCAAGUACAUAAAAGUGAUAUCUUGAUACAAAUAAACACAUUUAGUUUAUGUCAUCAGUUAUUGGACUGCUAUGCUUGCUAGGUGUGUGGCCGUUUAACGGAAUGUAUGUAUAUAUGGGGUGAAUAAAAAGAAUAUCAAAAGUGUC